GCCAUCGUCGUUGCGACAUAUGUAGCGUGACAAGACAUGUCGAUUUUGUCCAUGAUAUAUGAAAAAAUCCAAUGGCAGAUUCAUUCUUCGGGUUCGAUACUUCGUUAUCGAACUUAAAUGAUGAUGAAGGAGGAGGAGGACCAUCCGAGGACGAGUACGAUGCACUCAAUGAUGAGACCUUCGGACAAGAUUCGGAAGAGUUGGACUGGGAGGUGGAACAUGAGCACCUGGCCGGGCAACUGGAGAGCAGCCGCAGGCAUCCUGGCCUGGACGAUGUCAACUCACAACUGGAAGCAUCAUUGUCCCAGUUAGUAUUAGAUGAGACGGACUCCAGUCAUCUGCAUACAUUAGGUUCAAGUGUGUGGAGACACGACUUACCCAUACCCGCAGCUCCUACACAGCCAGUGCAAGGUCUCAAGAAUGUGUGCACUGUGGAGGAACUGGAACGCCAGAUGCGGCAGAAACAGCAGAGCCAGAACUUUUUCCAGCCCCGAUAUCCCCCAGUCAUAUUACAAAGACCCCCGGGCUUACAAGCGCCCGUAUCAUUACCUUACGCCCCACAACAGCAGCUCCAAACCAACGUUAAUACCAUGAAUCAACCCCUUAACAAAAUAAUCGGCCAGCCCAACCAAAUGAUGCAGAAUCAGAUGGGCCAAAACGUCAACCAACUAGGCCAAAGCGUCAACCAGAUGGGACAAACGGUCAACCAGUUCAUGCAGGCCGCCAAUCACAUGGGCCAGUAUCAAAGCAACCAAAUGGGACAGAAUAACUUGAUGGGCUUGUCGCAGAAUAUGCAGACGAAUCAGUUGUUGCACAAUCAGAUGAGUCAAAACGUUUCACAAAUGGUGCAGAACCAAUUGAAUCAUAUGAGCCAAUCCAAUCAAACGAAUCAAAACCAGAUGCAAAUGGGUAUGAACCAGCUAAAUCAAAGCCAAGGUCAGAUAGGCCAAAAUAUGGUUCAAAAUAUGAGUCAACUUAGCCAGAAUCAGAUGAACUCGCUGAAUCAAAUGGGCCAAAACGUCAAUCAGAUUGGUCAAAAUCAAUUAAAUCAGAUAGGUCAAAGCAUGAACCAACUAAACCAGUCUAUGCCACAGAUGGGCCAGAAUCAGUUAGGUCAAAACAUGGGACAGAUGGGUCAAAACGUCAACCAGAUGGGCCAAAGCGUCAAUCAGAUGGGUCAAAACCUCAACCAGAUGGGCCAGAACGUCAACCAGAUGGUCCCAAACGGCAACCAGUUUGGCCAAAGUAUGAACCAAUUCCCCCAUAUGAUGGGCCAACCAAGAAUGAUGGCGCCACCACCCGGUAUGAACAUGAAUCCGAGGCAGAAUUUUAACCAGAAUAUGGGGCCUUAUAACCAGACAUUUCGAGGCCCCUCAAUACAAUCUAAGCCAGAACAGAUUCCCCAACCAAUGAUGAAUCAGUACCAAACGAAGAACCAAUCGCCGCUCAGCGCCAAAACUGUUAACAACCAAUCGCCGCAAACCAAGCCGGGUCAGAUCAAUAAGACUCAAGCGAAAACCGACCCAAAGACUAAAAGCAGAGUGUUCAAUUCUAAACCGCAGGCUAAUUUGACCUCUCAGAAUUUAGUCCAACUCAUACAGAAUACGCAUCCAAUGUUACAUAUGAAUAGUAGCUACCACAAUGCAAGUCACCAUCCUAUGCUUAAUAACAGGACUAUGUUUAACAAUCAGUUUGUGAACAAUCAAAUCUUCAAUCAGCGGCUCAACGGAACUAUGAACAGCACUUUAAACGGGGACGAUAGCAGUGGAUGUAGCGAUUCGGACGAAUACGCCGGCCUCAUGACCCAAAGAGAGAAACAGUGGUUAAUCAACAUACAGAUGCUUCAGCUGAAUACUGGAACACCCUAUAUACAUGACUUCUACUAUACUGUAUUUUUAGAGCGACAAGCGAGUAAAGAAAAGGAGGGAUUGAAAGAAGCACACAAAGCAAACCAGCAGAACCAUCCAUUCUAUAGCGGAGGUGUAAAACAAGAAACUCACACAAGGGAGCGACACAACUCGAACAGACACAAUUCUACAAGCGAAGACUCUGCACCCAGGACUUAUGUGCCAGCGCAGUUCGAGAACUCAUUGGGAAAAUUGCAGUGUGGCAGUGUGACAGCGCCUCGUAAGAUCAUAGACGUGGAAGUUGUGGGCACAGACACUCGGCCUCCUUCCAGGGCACCGAGUAGAGCGAGCACCACCAAUCCUAACGAGGUUCCUAGAGAGUUGAAAAGGACAAAACAGCUGUUAUUGGAUAUCGAAGCCCUUUACACCAUACUGCUGAGACUGGAGGAGUUGAAUGACCCUCUGGCGAUAUCAAACGCGCUCAUAUUAAAGGAGAGAGAGGAGAAGCAGAGACAGCUAGAAGCGGCACAAAAGGAGUUGGAAGAUCAGGAAGAAGACUCGAAUCUAUUCUUGAAGAACAUAGAGUCCGUGCAACGGAGGCCGAAACAAGAAAGCCCAAAAAGCGAAACUAUAGACAAGAGACAGGUGGUGAAUUUAGCAGUAUGCCAGAAGCCACCGGUCAAGAAUCUACUCGACGAAGACAAAGACGAGCUCGUUGGAAAAAUGUUCUAUGGACUAUUGCAUGGAGACAGAUUGCCUCAAGCGCUGACCGUUAGAAAGGGACGGAUUCUAGUAUCUCGGUUUCUGGUUCGAGUUCCGCCGACGCAUCCUAGACUAAGGACCCUUUGGUCCCGAAUACUAAGGUCCAUCACCACGGCCGCUAGAAGAGACGACGGUACACUGGUUGCUUUGGCACCCCAUUACAGGAGGUACAUUCAAGCGACUUCAGGCUGGACAGCUGUUUUAGAGUCUUGCAGUAUGUUAGCCGAAGCCUUUGAUCCGGCCCGCACUCCGUAUGCCCUUACUUCAUCGUUCACACUAUCUUGCGUAUGCACAUUAGUAGAAAGAGCUACUACUCUCGUCAACACUCCAGAAGCGACUUCGAACGAACGCCAAUGGUCUAAAUUCCUAAAAACAUUGGCCAGAGCACUCAAAAACACGACUUUGAAUAUCGCCAAACCAUUACACCCAAUACCGGAGUCUAGACUUAUGUGUCAUAUAAAACAAUUGGAGUCAAGAACUACGAUCGAAAUAUUGCAAAGGGGUAAAAGCGCGACUGAAUUUGCCGAUGUUAGUAAGACGGAUGUGCAGGAGCAGUUGAUCAAACAUUUGUGUUGAUUGGCCGUGAAAUUUGUCUAGUUGCGGCCAAUGUUGGUCGUGAUAAAGUUGGGCGAUUUUGGUCGUGACGAAGUACGCCAAUAUUGGCCGUGCAUAGUAUGCCAAUAUUGAUGCUGAAAAAGUAUGACAAUAUUGGUCGUGACCAAUGCUAGCUAACUUAUGUCAGUUGAGCCGAUGUUGGCCGGCUAUUGGCGAAUAUUUGUUA